GCAUAAUAUAUAUAUAUAUAUAUAUAUAGAUUUUGUUAACGCGUGCCCUUACGGCACAUGCUGAUAAGCUUAAACAGAUUGUACAUUUUGAGUCUAUUUGGUCAUAAUUAUGUAUGUCUGCCUACAUCUUUCUUGGGAAUCUAUUUUGUGAAAAGAACGUAGUUCUUGUACUUGGCAUUGUGUCUUGCAAAGGGGAUGGGUGAAGUUACUUCCCACAGGAAGGAUAUCUUAACGGGUCUGAGAGAGCUCAAGAAAUCGUCUACAAUGGCAUUUGAUAUGCUGAAAGUUUUCUCAGAAGGGAAUGACUCCAGUGCUGACCUGUGGAAUCAUAAAGAAUUAGUUCAAGAAGAUUGCAAUGUAAAUGGAAAAGUGCUGUCAGUAGUUUGCUUCAAAAACAAGAUAUUUUCUGGCCAUUCAGAUGGAACGAUAAAGGUAAAUGAGCCAAUCUGUUAG